UGUGUCAGACUGAGUGCUAGAAUGCCAGAGCGUGGGACUGAUGAAGAGGGGCACGAUCCCUGUGUCCCCCCCCCGGAUUGGCUGAUGUGAUGGUUGCCGUGCAGGAUAUGCAGGGCUUCUUUGGGAUGAAAGUGAUGAGGGAAGAAAUUCACCCCCACAGAAUCAGUGAUACUGGCCAGAAUAGAGGACUGACAGAUUGUGUUGACAAUUCUGGGCUACUUCCUGCAGGGAACAGGUCACCACAGGAUAAAGGAUGAUUGACGGCCCAUCCCACUGAUCCAAGCCCCAGGAUGCUCAUGGUGCCUGUGGUUGGUUGCCAACCUCAACACUUCGUGCCUGUGGUCUGCUCCUGGCUACUGCUACUCUUUCACGCUGCAUUUGGUCAGAAGCCUGCCAAGCUCCCCCUGGUGGGCCGUAAGCCCUUCAUUGCUGCAUGGAACGCACCGCUUGACCUGUGCACCAUCAAGUACAAUGUCCACGCCAAAGUGGAUCGCCUCUUUCACAUCAGUGGCAGCCCACGAGCCGUCCAUACCGGUCAGAAUGUGACCAUUUUCUAUGCCAACAGGCUAGGCUUCUACCCUUUCUACACAGACCACGGCGUGCCCAUUAAUGGAGGCCUGCCACAGAACUGCAGCCUGGACUCUCACCUUGUUAAGGCCGACAAGGACAUCAACCAUUUUAUUCCCUCGAAAGACUUCGCCGGACUGGCCGUCAUCGACUGGGAGUACUGGCGCCCACAGUGGAGCCGCAAUUGGCACAAGAAAGACAUCUACCGGCGCAAGUCCCGGGAGCUAAUCGCGCAGGCCUAUGUCAACAUUACGGGGUCACAAAUCGAGGAGCUCGCGCGCACUCGCUUUGAGAAGAGUGCCAUUAAGUUCAUGCAAAACACAGUACAGCUAGGGACGCGCCUUCGCCCAAACGGACUCUGGGGCUUCUACCUCUACCCAGACUGCCACAACUACAACCUGCACGAGCACAACUACACAGGUUCCUGCCCCAUGCUGGAGAGCCUGCGUAAUAACGAGCUCCUCUGGCUGUGGAAUAGCAGCACCGCGCUGUUCCCCUCAGUGGCGAUCAGGAAGAGCCAAAAAGACAGUGUCAGCAACCUCCAUUUCUCACAGUUCAGGGUGCUGGAGUCUCUGAGGAUAGCUGGGCUUACCUCGCACGACUACGAGCUGCCCACAUUCGUGUACACACGACUGGGCUACAAAGAUGAGGCUAUGACCUUCCUCACCACGAAAGACUUGAUCCACACAAUUGGGGAAAGUGCUGCUUUGGGAGCUGCUGGUUUUGUGAUCUGGGGAGACCUCAACCUCACCUCAUCCAAACAGAACUGCACAAUGGUGAAGUCCUUUUUAAACCACCGACUGGGUCAGUACAUCACCAAUGUGACGCGGGCAGCGGAGGUCUGCAGUGACUUCCUGUGCCAGAGCAACGGCCGCUGCGUCCGCAGGAAUCUCCAUGCCCCACACUACCUCCACCUGAGUAGAGAAACAUACCACAUCCAGCCCUCUGGGGACGGGGACUUCGUGGUGACCGGCUGGCACUCGCAGCACCAACUUCAACUUUUGGCCAACAGGUUCCGCUGUCACUGCUACGAGGGACAUACAGGGGCGAACUGCGACCGCCAGAACAAGGUGGUAGAAGAACCGAAAGAGGAAUGUGAAGUAAAGGGGGAGGAAGAGGAGCAAUGUGAAAGUGUGGCUGUACCAACCAGGAACACUCUUGGCCUGGUGAUGUUGCUCCCUCUACUGAACUUUUUUGUGUGGACUGCAGUAUGAUAUUAGCACUUUAAGUGGCUUUGUUGUUUGCGGUAGGGGAGACAGGUCAUAAAGUCACUUCCAUGGUAACUGCAACAAUGUAAUGCUGUGUCAUCUUUCUACUUGGACCCUCUGUUAUGGCGGGUAACACUUUACUU